CAGUGGCGCUCAAACUCUCUCUGAUCCCUCACUGAGAGCAUCUGAACCAACAACAGCAGCGAAGAGCAGCAGGCACCCGCUUCAUACAAUUACCCAGCACUUCUUGGGUGCCUGGUCCUUCACUGAAGACAUGUCAGCAAAGGACGGACCUAUGACACACCGUUGAGGAUCAGGAGUCAUGGAGUCUCUCUUCGGGGGCCAGUUAGGCUUGCUGGGGGGUAAUGAGGGUCUGAAAGAAGAUGGCUGUGGGGUGGGCUGGUCGAAUUCUCCCUUAUCAGAAGACAUGUACUCUGCCUCCCAUUUCGCCCUCAUCAGCGCCUACCAGGACAUUAAGACUCGACUGGCCGGCCUUGAGCGAGAAAAUGCAGACAUCAAAAGAAAACUCAAGAUUUAUGAGAUAAAGUUUCCCAUGAUAAGCGAGUUUGGAGAUGAAAGAAACUCCUACUGCUCCUUCGAGCCCAAAGACACAGUGCUGCUCCAGUCAGAGAAUGGAAGUCUCCAACAGAGAGUCAACAUGCUGACCCUCGAGCUUCAGAAGAGCAAAGAGCGAGAGGAGCAGCUUGAAGAUGUCAUUCAGGCCUAUGAAAAAAUCCACAUGGAGAAGUCCAGCCUUCAGCGAGACCUAGACAAGAUGACAUCUCUGGUGGAGAAACAUGUUGAGCGGAUUCACAGUUUGGAGGGGGCUCUGAGGCAGAGGGAGAGCUCACUACACAAACUCAACACACAGCUGCACAACAAAGACAUGCAGUAUCUGCAACUACACAGCCCUGACUCACAUAUGCUAGACUGCCCCAUGACCCUACAGAGCUCCCGAAGUCUGGACACCCUCUCUGACCUCAAACUGCAGCGUCUGGAGGCGGAGCUAGAGGGGGCAAGGCACGAGGCUCAGGGGGCGUGUCAGAGGGAGGAGGAGCUAAAAGCUGAAUGUGAGAGGUUAAGGGAAGAGCUGAGAGAACUGCAAAGCAACCAGAGGCAGAGGGAGGUGAGUUCCACAUGUGGACAGUGUGAUGUGGAGUGGAUAAAGAAAGUUGGAGAUGAACAAGUAAAUCUGGCUUUGGCCUAUACUGAACUAACAGAGGAGUUGGGCAAGUUACAGGCUUUGGCCUCGAAACAGACAGAUAUAUUGCGGAAAGUCUCACAGGAGCCGGCAAGCCCAGUUCAGCGCCACUCUCCUGUCCCUCACCAGAGGCAUUCUCCUAUUCCACAGCGACAUUCCCCAAUCCAACAGCGGCAUUCCCCCAUUCAACAGCGUCAUUCUCCUGUUCCCCAGCGGCGCUCCCCUGUUCUGCAGCGUCUCUCUCCGGACAUGCACCGUCGCUCACCUCUGCCUGAGCUCAGCGAUGGCCCUGCAUCCUAUUCCUGCAGGCCCACUUCCCACCACUUGAGGGCCAGUUUCCAGGGAAGACGCAGUUACUCUGAAGUAGCCGAUCCGUCGGCUUAUCAACGGCCCCCACGGUUCACUCUGGACCCGGUGUCCACUUUGCCGAAACCUCGACCAUAUGUCGACAGCUACCACAAGCAGCAGCAGCAGCAGCAGCAACAACAACAGCAACAUGGAGGAAGCCAGCACAUGUUAGUUCAAAGACAGAGCUCUCAGUCCGGGGUUGGAGGUGAUGGGGGAUUGGCUGAAUCUCCUCGGCUGACCAGGGAGCUGUCUUUCCACCACUCGGAUGUGUCCCACUUGCAUUUUGAACCUCAGCCAAGCCCUGCUCCUCUGCAUCCAUCCUCACAGCCUGCACAGUCCUCAGAGGAUGAGGAGGAGUGGUCCUGCCCUCAUCCCAUCAGUCCUCCACGAACACUGGGGGUGUCGAGCCCCUCAUCAAGCUCCAGAGGCCCCGCCUCUUGUUCUGCUUUCCCCAUUCCUUCCCGUCCCAACACCCUAAGCUGUCACCCACCUGGAUACCUGCACGCAGAGCACGCCCAGUCUUGGCCAUCCAUCAAUCUGUGGAUGGAGACGGAGGAGGAGGGUGACGUCAGGAGCUGCCCGCUGUGCCAGCUAAUCUUCCCUGUUGGUUACCCUGAUGAUGCCUUGAUCAAGCACAUUGACUCGCACCUGGAGAACAGCAAGAUCUGACACCCACAGCCACUCCAUGACCUUCUGUUGUUCCACAGUUACAUUCACUCUUUGCUCCUGGUAUUUUUAGCUGGGUGCCUUCAGACAGAAUGUAGGCAAUGCACCUGUGGCCAUUCUCAUAAUUUGGCUCAUAUAUCUAUAUAUCUUGCUGCUUUUCAACACAAAAAUCUUGAAAAAUUGUAACAUUCUUUUUUUUAACACUGUUUAUCAGCACUGACUGAGCAUAUUGCAAUAUUAAGGCUCUCAUUUCAGAUUUUAACUACAGUUCCCAUGACUAUUUGCAUUAUUUACACUUCAGUGUGGUCAUAUUAGACAUAUUUCAGCACUUUAUAUAAACAAUUAAUAUCCAGUUUACCUUUAUCAAUAUUACUAACACUGAGGCAAAAAGUAAAACCAUAUAGAUAUAAUUUAUUUUCUAAUACUUCAGGGUCUUACCCUUAAAUAUGUCUUAGUUUGGCAGGACUUCCCUUUAACGCGACUGGAUUAUUUGUAAUUAGCUGUAAAUUCACAAUCACAUCUAUUUUGUUUGUCUUCCGGGGCAUUUGGUUGUACAAAAAGGGACGUUUUGUUCUUUAAAAUAUUCUUAAAGAAUUUCCUCUCACAAUAUACAUAAUGAUUGCAGCUCUGUGCACACAGUUUUGGCCAACCACUGACAAAACACCAGUUACUGUUGUUUCUUAAGACAGUAACAGUGUGAUUUCCAUAGUACACAUAGACAGUGGAUGAUCAUUUGAUCAUUUUUAAUGUAAUUACUUAAGACAAAUUACUUUAACAAAAUAUAUUUGUUCUUCUGAUCACACCACAGAGCGUAAUCUUUUUUUUUUAUGUACUGUAAAUGUAUACCUGUAUUUAAAGCCUAUUAUAUGUAUUAACCUGUAAAUUGAGCUAUAUGUAAUAUAGAUGUGCAUUUUUCAAGCUUGGAUUAGAGCAAAUGGAUUGCUGAAGAUUAAAAGAAAACUACUGGAACUGCCAAUUCAACUUUUGUAUUGCUGUGAUAUAAAUGAUCACAGGCUGAGUGUUUAAUCAUAUUACUGUUCCCUAUUCUUCCAGGUGUACCUUAUAUUAUAUGUUAAAGUCUUCUUUGUAUUUUCCCUGAUUCUGCAGACUUUGUGUUAAUGAGGGCACUGGAUCUGCUACUAACCCAAAUACAGAUGAACUAAAAUGGGAAAGUAGCACAAAGAAGUAAUCACUGGUGCACAUGUGCAAAAUUACAACGCCAAAUGUAGUGAAAUGCAAAAUAAGAAGUUGUCUGCUAUCUAUCAAAUAACUGGUUGGAGGUUUCAUUCAAUUGGCCAUCUAAUUUUACGUGGUAAUUGCUAAUAUUCUGGAAAAUCCCAUUCCAGAUGAUGUAAAUAUAUGAAUUGUCUAUGAUGUCACCAUUCAAUAUAGUCUACAAGAAAUAAAAAAAAAAAAUACAAAAUAAAACAAGUGCAGAUAAACUGAAACGCCAUCAGUACAACCAAAGACACAGCCUGCUUGUUUUUUUAUUUUAUUUUUUCACAUGAUUGAUGGCCAAGUACCACUUCUGAAUAUUACACAGAAAUAUGGUGCAACUGGAACACAUGGAAAUGUUUAUUUUUAAUUAAUAGUGUGCAGACGUGGAUAGAUGCAGAUUAAGUGUAAAGAAAAUACAUUUCUGCAUAAUCACCCACAAGUUUCCAUAUAUAAAUAUAUAUAACUUGCCUUGCACCCUUGUCCAUGAACAUGCAGAGAAGCAAAGUAAAACUUCAGCCACUAUUCACAAAGAUUCACUCAGGAGUUAUUUAAAGAGCUAUUGAUGUUACCUUGCUCCUCAAAAAAGUGUUUUUCUUGUUAGUUUUUUUUCUGCAAAGGCAAAUUAGAAAACUGAAUGCUUUUCUGGAUGCUCUAUGACAAGUGUAUGAUCUUUCUUUUGCCCUGUAUUUUGGUGUGUGGUUUCUUUGUGAUAUUCUUUAAUAACUCAGGGGAUAAAGCUUUGUGAAUAUGGCUCCGUGACCAUACACAAUUAACUUCCACUGGGACAAUGUGAGAACCUGCUAAAUCUAUUGAAGAUCAAGACUCGAUUGACUAAUGGGGUAUCGAUAUUUUGUCAUACCAACAAGGUACUUUCCAGAAAGAAAGAGAAAAAAAAUGGGAAAAGACUUGAAAAUGAAUGCAUAUUGUGUCAAAAGAAUAUUCUGUAAAUUUUAUGAAAUAAACUGGAA